CUUUUCAUUCAGGCAUCACAUCGGACAGCCCCUCGGACUGCCUUUAACCGGGAACACUUGCCCCCGAUUUCUGACUGCUCAGACUAUUUCUACAAAGCAGCAUAACCUUUACUGUACAGCUAUCGGUGUCAUUUUCGAAGCAUUAAAGGAGGAUUUUGAUUGGACCGAUCAUAAUACCGGAUGUUGGGAGACAAAACUCAGGGCCUCAAUUUCCCAUUCACUGAGCUUGAGAAGGCUGUUAGCGAGCAGCUAGUGAGCCAUAAGCGACAUGUGUAGGUGACCUAAGCGUUCGACGAUGGUGACCUCGGCUGGGCGCCUUCUGAGGGCUGCCGCCAAACUGCUGUCUGCAACACGCUGGAGUCCAGGAUGUGUGUGGUGCCCGUGCAGGAACAUUUCUGUGAAACCAGGAGGUUUGCACCCAAAGACAGUUCCUGCUCGUUACCUGGGUCAGCCAAGCCCUUUCACCCAUCCACACCUCCUCAAACAUGGUGAGGUGACCCCCGGCCUGAGUCAAGCAGAAUACGAGCUGCGCCGACACAGACUGGCCUCCCUGGUGGAGGCUCAGUGGGACAGGCUUGCCUCCGACAGCAGCCAUGUGCUCCUGGUUCUGUCCCACCCCACCCGCUACAUGACUAAUGACAUCCCCUACCCCUUCCACCAGAACCAGGACUUCCUCUACCUGUGUGGCAUCCUGGAGCCUGACAGUGCUUUGGUCCUGUAUGGGAAAGGACAACCAGACAAGGCCAUCUUGUUUGUCCCACGUCGAGACCCAGGCAGGGAGCUGUGGGACGGCCCGCGGUCGGGGAAGGACGGAGCGGCCGCUCUGACUGGCAUAGAGAGGGUCCACAGCACAGAAGAACUUGGUCUUGUUCUCAGAAGCAUCAAAGGCUCCACGCUGUGGUACGAUAGUUCCAGUCCGUCCCACCCUGGCCUCCACCAGGCCCACAUCAGUCCCCUUCUCGAGGCGGGGCCGAUGCCACGCCCCCUGAGACCCCUCAUUCAUUCACUCAGGGCCUUUAAAAGCUCAUCAGAGGUGGCCCUCAUGCAGGCGGCAGGUCGCAUCACAGCACAGGCUUUCAGGAGGACAAUGGCUGUGUCUCUGGGAGAUGUGGAUGAAUCUUUGCUCUACGCUAAGUUUGAUUUUGAGAACCGACUCCAUGGUGCUAAUUUCCUGGCAUAUCCACCGGUGGUAGCUGGAGGGAAUCGUGCCAACACUCUGCACUACAUCAACAACAACCAGAGGAUUAAGGACGGUGAAAUGGUGCUCCUGGAUGGCGGUUGUGAAUAUUUUGGUUACGUCAGCGAUGUUACCCGAACGUGGCCGGUAAACGGGCAAUUUAGCGCCGCCCAGGCAGAACUUUAUGAAGCGGUUCUGGAGGUGCAGCUCUCCUGUUUGUCCCUGUGCUCCCCAGGUGUCAGUCUGGACCACAUCUACAGCACCAUGCUGGCCCUGCUGGGCAGACAGCUCAGGCGACUCGGCAUCGUCAAGGCCGGGAGCAGUGAUGCCGACGCGCUGAAGGCUGCAAGGCACUACUGCCCCCAUCAUGUGGGACAUUAUUUGGGCAUGGAUGUCCACGACACUCCUGAACUGUCCCGCUCGCAGCCUUUACAGUCUGGAAUGACCAUCACCAUAGAACCAGGAUUGUACAUUGGCGAGGACAAUGAGCAGGUCCCGGAGUGUUUCCGCGGCAUGGGCAUCAGGAUCGAGGAUGACGUGUUGAUUCGGGACAAGGGGGGGCCUCUGAUUUUAUCCUCGGAUGCCCCAAAGACCAUCGCUGAAGUCCAGCUGGCCUGUGCCCAGAGAUAGGGCAGGGUGAGACAGGUGAGGUCUGCUGCUCAGCUGUCUCCAUGGUGAUGAUCCAGGUACAUCCAUGACUGGCAGCACAAUAUUAGAAAUUGCAUAAAAAUGUCAAGACUAUUUUAGUUCCUUGACUUGUCCCCUUUUUGCCAACAUUGACCUUUGAAUCCAACUCUACACACAUCUUAAUUAUCAUUUGUCAGAUCCAGUCCCCGCAUUUGAAUGGUUUUGCACACACGUAUGCAUCCAUUCACAGGAAAUGUUGUCUUUGCUGCUUAUUCCCCAGACAAUCUGGACCAUGUCAAAGACAUUUGAGCUCAAGGGCCACAUGAAGGAUCUCAGUUCCCAAGUGGUAUAAUUAUGACAUGAUAACUUCAAAAUAAAGACAACUUCUGAUUGUU